AUGUCCUCGUUUGCCAAAGCAAAACUAAAGGCGGCAAGGGAAGCUUUAGGGAAGAAACAAUAUGAAAUAGCCCGCGAAGCUGCUAGUCAGGUUCUUGAUUAUGAACCUGACAAUUAUAAUGCACAUGUAUUCUUAGGUCUCGCAUCACUGGAGCUAAACCAGUAUGAAAAGAGCGAGCAAUUCUAUCGCAAGGCAAUUGAAUUGAACUCGGACCAGAUUCUAGCCUGGCAGGGCAUAUCUAGACUGUACGAACGCCAUGAGCAGUGGAGUAAAUUAACAGAUACCCUUCUGAAUUUGAUGGACCGGUUUGCGCGUAGUAAUGACGCCACGAAGUGCGCUGAGACUUUACAGAAAUACAUCGAGCUGUGUCGCGACCAAGGUACUCGAGAGCAGAUCAUUAGUUCACUAUCACUCCUACUCCCUGAGUCGCCGUAUUAUCCUGUUUUGUCGGCUUUGCCUCCACCUGAUCCCACCAGUCCCACCGCAUCUUCGACGCAUGUCACUCAAAUCGCACUCCUUGAUUCGUUGCCUACCUUACAAGAAAUUAUCACACUGACAGAGAAACAGGAAGAAACAACAAUCAAGAGUGAAUUUGACAAGCGGCGCACACGAUUAGGCGCCCCUCCUCCAGACCAGCUGAAGAAAGAAGUCGAGAGAGAAGUUUGGGGGGUUUCUAAACUGUUGACCCUGUAUAACGAAGUCCUCAACCACCCUAACACACCGGAUGAGCUACGGCGCGAUGUCGAAUCUAGGCUUAUCCGUCAUAAGCAACAGUACUUUUAUGCGCUCUCUCUUUCAGGAGCAUCAGCAGCAAAGAAAGCGGAAGUAGGCGCUGAAUUGGAUGGUUUGGUAGGCGGUAUCGUCGCUAUCAGCGUUCCUGACGAAUUGGCCUGGUCACUGUUCCUAGAAGGGAAAGAUAGCAGUACCUUGGGCAAGUUUAUCGCGUUUUCUUUUACAAUUUACAUAAGGUUGCUGAUAUUCCUGGCAGAGGGAUACGGUUACGAGUAUCUGAAAACAUACAUACAAUUAUUUGCGGGUAAACCUCUAGCACGAUUACUGGAAGGAUAUUUUGCCUAUAACUUAAUAAAUCUAUCCAAUGAGGAAGAUGAUGAAGUAGAAGAUACUGGCGACGAUAGUGAAGAAGAUCCGUACGAUACCAUUCUUGAUGCGUUUACACUUCUUCCAGAUUCUAUCGUCGCAAAUCGAAUAGUAGCGGAUACUUAUCUGCAAGAACUCGAUUAUACAAGUGCAAUCCGAGUGGCCGAGAGUGGUCUGGAGCUUGUCCAGAGGCAUGAAUCAAAUACAGGAAGGAAAUUAGUACAAGUUCGGAAAGCAUUUAAUGUAAUAUUAGGUACAUCCCUAGUGCACCUCUUCCCACCCAAGCAUCACUCUCGUGCUCUCUCUAUUCUGGAUGACGUCCUUGCGCAAGAUCCUAACGAUCUCGAUUGUUUAAUGGGGAGGGGUUAUAUAUUGGAGUUUGCUGAGAGAUGGGAUGAAGCUGGUGAACUGUUUGCAAAAGCAGACGAACUAAGUCCAGAUGACUUGGCGAAGGGACUUCGGGCUAAGGAAGAGCAUGCUUGGUGUUUGAGGAAGAAUGAUUUGGAUCAUAGCACAGUUUCUCUCAAAGGGGUUCUCGAUACGCUCGAAAGCCUAGAAGGGCACCACCACCGCGAAGAAGCGUACACAUACUUCAUCACGUCUCUCAAACGCGAUAGUGUCUAUGCUCCAUCAUAUACUUCCCUUGGCAUUUACUAUUCUGAGUUUGUAUCUCCUCCUGAUCCUACUCGAGCCUCAAAAUGUUUUCAAAAAGCCUUCGAGCUUGAUCCACGUGAAGCAGACGCUGCUAGGAGACUUGCAGAGGGCUUUGCUGACGAGCGGGAGUGGGAUCUUGUUGAGGUGGUCGCUCGGCGAACAAUCGAAGGGGAGGGUGGUUUGGAUGCUGGCAUGAAGUCAGAUGAUGCAGUAAUCGCAGGUAGAUACCUUCCCACCAACGCAUGGGCGUGGAAAGCGGUUGGCUCUGUUGAGUUGGCACGUAGGAACUACUCUGCUGCUAUUCAGGCAUUCCAGGUGGCUCUAAGGGCCAUACCGGACGACCAGCUUUCGUGGGUUCGCCUAGGUGAAGCAUAUAGCAAGGCCGGUCGGCAUGCUGCAGCUCUUAGAGCUCUUAUCCAUGCACGGGAACUGCGAGAAGAUGAUUGGAUAUGCACUUAUCUCAUUGGUGAAGUCCAGCGCCAGACUGCACAGUUCCAAGAUGCUCUUCUAUCAUUCCAGUCAAUUCUUGAUGAACGGCCUUCUGAAAUAGUAGUCUUGAUGGCCGUUGCACAAACUCAUCUUGAUCUUGGCCGCGAAGAACGCACUACCGGUUUUUUAUCAAGGGCUGAGGAAUCCUUCGUGGCUUGCAUUUGGGUGGCCUUACGAGCUGUAGAAGAAAGUUCAGGAUACCGAAGCGUAGCUUGGAAGACUGCUGCGGAUGCUAUCUUUUCCCUGUCCAAACAUACAUCUUUUACGGAUGUGGAAAGCGUCCGUGAUGUUUUGAAUGAAGUUCUUCUCUCAGUUAAGCCUCAUACAAGUUCUCGUCUUACUGGUAUCCUGGUCCCCGCCUCCAUCGAACUUGACGUCCCCCUUAAUGGACUACGCGCCCUAGAAGUUGCGAUCGCUGCUUAUGAUUAUCGCCUAAGCCUUGGUUCGACUGAAGGGGCUGCAGCAGGCAGCUCGUGGUUUGAUCUAGGUAUCGCUUUGAAUUGCUGGUCGGUUCAUUGUCCUUCUGAAGCACAAGAAAAAGUGACCGUGCAAGCAAACACGUGUCUAAUGCAAGCUUUACAAGAAGAGCCAGCAAAUCCUACUUACUGGAAUACUCUGGGAGCUCUGAAUUUCAUUGCAAAACCGAAGACGGCACAACACGCUUAUAUCAAGUCUCUUGAAAUCGAUUCCAAGAGUGUUAUUACUUGGACGAAUCUUGGCUUACUCUAUUUAUAUCGCAAUGACCUAGAGCUGGCCAACGAAGCUUUAUACAGAGCUCAAACCUUAGACCCUGACUACACAACUGCUUGGGUGGGCCAGGCGCUUGUAGCCACGGCUAAUGGACAUGAAACGGAUGCGCGAGCCUUACUUGAACAUACAGUUACUCUUACUACCGACCUUGUAAUCCCUUCUUAUGACACCUUCUCUCCUGUGUUCUUUGUUCUCGAUCGAUAUACCAAACGUCGCACGGAUGACGUCUCUGCACAGCACCUUUUUGGUCUUGUGUGUGAACGCCUCGGUCAGCUUGAACUGGGAGCAGACCUGCUAGGACGCGCAAUAACCCUUCUCGAGGCGGCUUACGAAGAAUCAGAAGAUCAAGUUGUUGAACGGCAGUUCGUCAUAGCACAUUCAAACCUUGCGCGAAUAAGGCUUGGGCUGCAUGAUGCCAGCGGGGCACUAGAAUCAUUCGAGAGUGCGUUGGGCUUGUUGCCUGAGGACGACGCCGGCCAAGGUGAAACGAUGAUUCUCCGUGUACACGCGCAGUUUGGCUGUGGACUAGCACGUUUUGCAAUGGGCGAGCUGCAAGAAGCACUAGAAGCAUUCCAGGGAGCCCUAGAUACAGCAGGGGAAGAUGCUCUGCUGCGUGGGCAUGUGAGCGUAUUGCUGGCACAGACGAUGUGGGCGAUCGGAACGGAUGAAUUCAAAGAGUCAGCGAAAGCAUUAUUACUGGAAUGUAUCUCUGCAGACCCAGAAAAUUUGAUGGCUAUCAACACUCUUGCGGGUAUGGGCAUCCUCACGGCCGACGACGGGCUUGUUGAUGCUGCCCUUUCUGAGAUUCUUGCUCUCCCCCUCGAGCAGCGGCAAACCCUUGACCCGCGAAGGGACGUAGGAUAUCUUCUUAUCAGGCACCAUUUGGGUCAGGGUGAGACUGUGCAAGCGCUUCAACAGGCACAAAAAUCUUUAUUCAUAGAACCUGCACGGAACCAACUUAGACGUGACCUUGCUACUCUGACUAUUCAGACGGGUAUGCCAACCUCUGCGCAUGCAUUACUAUCUGGUGCUGCGGCAGACACGUCGAUAACAGACCUUCGUGAGACGCUGGCCUUAACCGCAGUUGCUGAAGCGAUGGUUAUAACCGAAAGAGAGAACGGAACACCAGAAGGCAAAAGGCAACUGGAGAAAGUGUCGAAAAUAGCACAAAAAAACAUCAUGUUGACUCCUUGGAGGAGGAGAAACUGGGAAGUAUUGGCAUAUGUGCGAGCCAGCAUGCAAUAAUGCCUGUAGUUAAAAGCCACGUCUCGAUUGUACAGUAAAUAGGUGUACGAUGUGACGCGUUGGUCAGAUCUUGACGAAUGAUGACACUCAGGUUGCCCGCACGCCGUAAAA